GCCGCGGCCCCGAGCACGCCCCUGCCUGCCCGCCGCCCGCCUGAGCGGCAGCUACGCGGCAGCUCGCAGGCUCGGCGGUGGCGCCAGAUGCUAGCCGAGGUGGGCACGGGCGUCAGCUCCAAGUUCAGGCUCGCCCUCGCGGUCCACGAGGCGGUGCACGGUUCGCCAGGGGCGAUCGGGCGGUACGUUCGUAAGAUGUGCACUUCGCCAGACCCCACGGCCAGCUUCGCGCGGCUGCGCGAGGUGUUGCCGUUACCGCUGCCCGACGCCCCGCUCUUCGAGAGGUACCGUGCCGCCUGGCACCUACACCAGCAGCUGCCGGAGACCUGCGAGGUGGACGCCGCCACGGCGCAGGGGUGGGCCCAGCUCGUGGUCUUCAGCCUGAACUACCAGUACACGGGGCACAUGCGUUGCCCAACCGUCGCCGCGAGGCGGCCCACGGCAAGUCAGCUCAGUGCGCUCGGCAUUGUGCAGGAGGCCUGUGAGUAUUUCGUUCAGGAUGCCGCCACAUCUUUCGAGCUCCCGGACUGGGGCCAGGUCAUCGCGUCGAGGACCGUCUCCUACGGGGGCGAGGAGACGUCCCGCGCCCUGCCACUCUCGCUUGCGGGGAUCAUGCCAGGCCUCCCCGCGCGGGGCGUCGCCGCCUCUGUCAAGGCGCUCGACAUCGCGGACGCUCAGGUGGGCGCCUGGCUUGCCGACCCCACGCUGGCCUUGCUCCCUCGAGAUGAGUGGCCUGCAGAGGUCCCGCGGGCGGCGAUCCAGGUCACGUCCAAGCAGGAGUGGUACAGCAUCGGGACCAAGCUCGUCGAGCUGGGGCUGGCUGCGCCGAUCGCCGACGACCGCAUCUUCAAGGUCGGGAACCGCAAGGUGCUCGCCGGGGCGUUUGGUGUCGCCAAGGGUGGCACGCCGUCACCUGGCCAGGCGUGCGUCCAGCGCCUGAUCAUCAACAUGGUCCCGGCCAACAGCUACCAGCGCAUCAUGAGGGACGACAUCGGGACCCUUAGCGCGUCGCCCUCGUGGGUCGCCAUCCCGCUCCCAGAGGGCCACAUGCUGCUUUGGUCGUCAGAUGACCAAGCCUCCGCUUUCUACUGCUACGAGCUGCCCGAGGCUUGGCAGCCGUACAUGACCCUGGCGGAGGCGAUCCCGAACGAGCUCAUCGGCGUGCCGGGUCCUGGGAAGACACACCUCGCGCUGCGCGUCAUCCCGAUGGGCUGGAUCAACGCGGUCACGGUGUUUCAGCACUGCCACAGGCGCCUCGGGUUCGGCUCUCGCCCCCUCGCUGCGGGGUCCGCGGAGCUCGAGUGGCGCAAGGACCGGCCACUUCCGUUCAAGUCGAAGGAGCUCGAGCAGCAGUGGAUCCAGUACUACAUCGACGACUGGGACCAUGGCGAGGUGGUGCCCAACGCGAUGGUCGCGGAGCUCCUCGGCACGAUGAGCUGCGCGCAGGAGGAGCAGAGGGCCGCCUACGGCCGCUCGGGGAUCAGCGUCGCCCCCGGCAAGGCCAAGCACCGCGCGCUGGUCCUGGGGCGGAUGGGCGCGGGUCUUGACGGGGCCGUCGGCCGGGUCGGAGUCACGACCGAGAAGCUUCACCAGCUGCUGGCGUUCAUCCUGUGGGGCAUGGGCAGACAGGGCCUCUCGUCGCAGGGCAUGCUCAUGAUCCUAGGCAGGUGCGUCAGGGCAGCGGAGUUCAGGAGGCCUUUCUUGGGGUUCCUCAACAGCGUGUGGGCUGCUGGGCGCUGGACGCGCCCGCAGGCUGUUCCCCUUGGCAUGUGCGACGAGCUCUUGGGCUUCGCGAUGGCGCUGCCGCUGGCAUACACCGACCUGCGCGCCAGGAUCGACACUUGUGUCAUUGCGACCGAUGCCAGCGAGCGCGCCGGGGGCAUCUGCCACACGGCCGGGCUCUCGGCGCAGGGCGUUGCCUGCGCGAGAGGGGGUGCAUCAGCAGUGACUUUGCGGCCUGGUGCAGUUGCGGCUCCUGUGCGUGGUGUGCGGUGGCGCCCUCGCAUAGUUCUCAUCGAGCUCUUCGCUGGCGCUGCUGGGGCCGCGGUGGCGGCCUCCAGACUCCCGAUCGACGUGAUGGCCCACGUCAGCUGCGAGGUCGAGCCCGCUGCCCGGCGACUGGUGCGUCGCCGCUGGGCGGGCGUGAUUGAGCUUGGCAACAUCGAGGCCGUCGACGCGGCGCGGUUUACUGAGAUGCUGAAGGGCUACGCGCGGGACGCCGACUGGGUCGUCUUGACCGCGGGGAGCCCGUGCCAAGACCUUGCGAGCAUCAAUGUCGUGGGGACCGGCCUAGAGGGGUCGAGGUCGAGGCUCUUCUUCUGGGUCCCCGAGCUGAUCCAGGCAGCGGAGGCUGCCUUUCCCAAGCGCACCAUGUGGUUCGUCGAGAACGUGUUCAGCAUGACCCUAGAGUCGAGGGCGGAGUUCACCAGGGCGCUUGGAGUCACGCCCGUGUUCCUCGAUGCCAGGUGUCUCACUCACGUCAGGCGGCCCCGCCUGUACUGGUGCUCGUGGCCGGUCACGGCGUUCUUGGCGUCCGACGCCACCGUCGAGACCAAGGGUGUGGGAGAAGCCGCGUACUUCAAGGUCUCGCUUGCGGUGGAGAGGCUCCCACUGAGUGCCUCGCUCCUGGAGGGCUGGUCGACGCUGGACCCUGAGGCAGACCUCCCGUGCUUCACGAGGCCAAUCCCGCGAAGCCACCCGCCGUUCCGGCCCGUGGGCCUCGACCGCGCCUCGGUGCUGGCCGCGGAGCGCUGGGCUGCCGACAGCUACCGCUACCAGGUCAACAACUACGAGGACGGCAGCCUCAUCUGGGACGCGAGGCGCGAGCGGGGCCGGCUGCCCGUGCCUGAGGAGCGUGCUGCUCUGAUGGGGUUCGACCGUCUCUAUUUCCAGGCCGCUGUAAAAGAUAGUGCCCCCGCCGCCGAGCGAGACAGCGUCAUUGAGUCCCUGAUCGGGAAUACGUUCUGCGUCCAGGCUGUCAUGUAUCUUCUCGGCUCGUGGCUCGCUCAAGUGGGGGCGCUAGCGGCCGCCAUCCCAGGCAGCAGCUGCCUCGCUGUGGGCACGUGCGAGGCGAACUGGAACGUGGUCCCCGACUUCCAGCAGCCGGGACAUCACGACCCGCAGUUGGAACGCAGCCUGAUCGUAGAGUUCCUGCGGGUCGCGGACCGCGGGGGCACGGACGUCCGGCUUGACACCGGGGCGCCCUACCGCGCCCGCGCGUGGCCGCGGGCAGCACUCCGCACGCACCUCUGGGCCUGGCGGAUCGCCAAAGGCUUUCGCUGGCAGCGGCCUGGGCACAUCUCGGCGCUGGAGCUGGAGGCUGCGGUGGCUGGAGCGCGCUGGAGGUGCCGGGCAGUUGAGAACCACCGCUGCCGCUACCUGCACAUUCUGGAUGCCCAAGCGAUCGCGGCAGUCGGCACCAAGGGCAGAUCGAGCGCGAGGGCUUUGCAGCCAGCGCUCCGCCGGCUCAACUCCCUGCUCCUCGCGACGGCAGGGUACCCGCUGUACGGCUACUGCGACGCCGACGACAUGCCCGCCGACACGCCGGCCAGGAGGGCCGCCCCCGGCAAGCGUGCAGCGCAAGCAGCAGCAAAGGUGAGCCAGGUCACGGCCCAGGCGAUGGUGCGACGAGCUGCAGCGAGGUCCCAACCGCCGAGGGAGGCGAUGGUCACGCCGCUCACCCUGCAGCGGUACCGUGCGGCGGUCGAUGAUGUCGUUGAUUUCUGGAUCCAGGAGCACCGGCAGCCGCAGACGCCCGCUCAGGUCGACGCUGGCGUGGCCGCCUUCAUCGAGAGCCGUUGGCUGAGCGGAGGAUCUUUAUUUGAGAUAAAUAAUGCAAUCGCAGGCAUCACGCACGCAUUCCCGCCCGUGCGAGGGCACCUGCGGGACAGCUGGCGCUUGGCCAAGACGUGGCAACGCCUGGAGCCAGCUGGGCGGGCGCUGCCGAUCGGGCCGCUGAUUGCGGCAGCGUUCGCAGGGGCAUUUGCGGCCGUGGGCCAGCUCGGCGCUGCGGCGGUGCUGGCAGCAGGCUACGACGCUUUCCUCCGGACGGGUGAGAUGACCUCGCUCGUGUGGUCCGACGUGCAGCUGUAUCCACUCCGCCAAAUGGCCGUGCUGCAGCUGCGCAACACCAAGAGCCAGCAUCAGACUGGUGCCCGAGAGUUCGCGCUCGUGCGGAGCGGCGUAGCGGUCGCCCUCCUCGCCAGGGCAAAGGCUCAGGCGCACAAGCAGGACUUGUGCCUCGGGAUGGAGCCAAGCAGUUUCAUGAGCACCUUUGGCCGCGUGCGUGAGCUGCUGGAGCUGCAAGAUGCGAAGCUCACCCUCUACAGCUGGCGUCGGGGCGGCGCGUCCGCCGACUUCCGCAGCCACGGCUCCAUGGAGCAGACGCUGCUCCGAGGCAGGUGGGCCUCGGCGCGCACGGCCCGCGUGUAUGUCCAGGAUGCCGUCGCCGAGGCCACUCAAUUAAAUCUCUCGCCCACGCAGCGGAGGCGCUGCGGCCUGCUCGCGUCCCGACUGCGAGCAGAAGCGAGAUGA